AUGGCGGCUCCUGCGAUUCCGCCGCCGCGGCCGCCGCCGCCCGGAGGGCCCCCGGGGGGGGAGGUGGGGGGAGGCGCGAAAAGCGGAGAGGAGAGACUGAAGGAAAUGGAAGCCGAGAUGGCCCUGUUUGAGCAGGAAGUGCUUGGAGCUCCUGUGUCUCUGCCUCCUGUUGCCCCUGUGGUGGAAGCUGUCCCAGUUGCCCUAGCAGUACCAGCGGUGUCCGCGGUGCCCCCUGUUCCCGUCAUCCGACCCAUCAUUGCUACCAACACUUAUCAGCAGGUCCAGCAGAGCUUGGAAGCCCGAGCAGCAGCAGCUGCCACGGUGGUUGCCCCUAUUGUGGCUCCUCCAGUGCCAUUUGUGGGCCCAGCUGUUCCCCCACAACGUCCUCCCAUUCUCCGACCAACCUUUGUGCCUCAUGUCCUACAGCGAGCAGGUGGUCCUCGGCCCAUGGCAAUGCGCCCACCGCAUCACCAGCCCAUGGUAGGGCCCCCAAUGCCAGGCCCUCAAGGGCCCCCGAUACUUAUGGGCCCACCAAUGCAGAGAGCACCUGGCCCACCCCUUGGGGGCAUAGGGCCAAUGCGACCUGGUCCCCCGGUGGGACCAGGAAUUCCUGUUGGCCCUUUGGCUCCACUGGUGCCUGUUCCUCGGCCAGUGGUGACCCCUCCAAAAGUGAACCCCACAGUCAUCCAGGCGGCUCCUACAGUAUAUUCUUCCCCUCCGGUGAAAAAACAAGAGGAGGAACAUCGAGAGCCUCUGCCGCCUGUGGUGGAGGAGAAAGAACCGGCUGGAAUCGAGGAGCCAGUGAUAGGCCCAAGUAUGCCAGAAACAGACCUGCUCCCGGUCGUGGACUCCCGGGGGCUGCCGUCACUACGUGGGCACGACCUGGCACCUGCACGAGGGAAGCGCCCCCGGGGGGCUGAUGCUGGAUUUGUUCCUGUAGAGCCAGUCAUGGAGAGCACUCCGGAGGACAAGAAGAAGACAAAGCAGGAGAAGUUGAAGCGCUGUAUUCGUACUGCUGCUGGGACCUGCUGGGAGGACCCCAGCCUUCUUGAAUGGGACGCUGAUGAUUUCCGGAUUUUCUGUGGGGACUUGGGCAAUGAGGUGAACGAUGACAUUCUGGCUCGUGCCUUCAGCCGCUAUCCAUCUUUCCUGAAGGCCAAAGUUAUCCGGGACAAGCGCACUGGCAAAACCAAAGGCUAUGGCUUUGUCAGCUUCAAAGACCCCAACGACUAUGUUCGUGCCAUGCGAGAAAUGAAUGGAAAGUAUGUGGGCAGCCGGCCCAUUAAACUGCGCAAGAGCAUGUGGAAGGACCGCAACAUUGACAUUGUGCGCAAGAAACAGAAAGAGAAGAAAAAGCUGGGCCUCAGGUAACGGGACAGCGCGCACCUUGGCUGCGUUUCAACCACCAGCCUAAGCCAAGGAACCCAGCUCUGGACCUGCUGGGGAAGAUGCGGAUUGCGAGAACUCGGGCAGUGGGAGAGGCGCUUGGGGAUAGAUAGCAACUGCCGCCCAGCCUGAAGCUCACGUGCAUGGAGGUGUUGUGUGUUUACACCCUGUUCCCCAGACUUACUGUGGCUUUCCAGGUUUGAUAGUAAGGAACCACAACUUGUAGAGUCUUCUGGGAAUAUUUUGAGGGGAAAUAUAGGCAGAAGUAUGCUGAGUCAAUAAAUUUAUGCUUUUUUUUUUUUUUUUACUAUGCCUACUCUUGUUUUUCUGAUGGUCAGCUUCCUUCUACCUAAAGCAUCUUGUCUUCUUGUGGCUAUUUUACUUUUUUGCGGGGGGAGGUGGGGUAAAAGCCUGCUUAUAAAUUUUGUAAGUCCAGAGAUAGUCAAUUGUUGGAGAAGAGAAAGGAAAGAGUUUGGCAGUCUUUGGAGUCCUGCUUGUAGGCUCCCCAGAGCAAUCUGGUCACCCGCUGCAGGAAACGGUGCUGGACCAAAGAUGACCCAGCACAGCUUUUGUAUUUGAUUCUAGAAGUUUGCAAAACAUGAUUUUCUGGAAGGUCCCAAAGCUCUAUUUGGAACUGAGUUGACUUCAACUUGGGCCUAUGCCAAGUAUUGUUGAAGUAAGACUCCCUUCCAGGACAUUUAGUGUGGCUUCUUCCAGAAUACUCAGAACGACCCCGUGAUGGAAUGUUUUCCAUUACUCUUGUUAUUUGUUGUAUGUUGGUGAGUAAUGUUGUCUGCCAUGCUGAAUUGUUUUAUAAAGACCCUUGGAAUAUU